AAACAUACGACGCACGUGAAAAUCCAAAACCAUGCCGAUUGAUCAGAAACGAAUCAACGGACCGGAGGGAUCCCUUCCCUAUCAAAUAUUCGGCAAGAACCGGGAUAAAACCUUUGAAGAUCGGCUAGCGGAUGUGUUCGAUCCCAGUGGUAAACGGAAGUGUGGCCGAAAGGAUACCGAAAGCCGGAAGUAUUUUAUGAAACUCGGUGUCGUCUCAACGGCCAAAGGCUCCGCCUAUCUGGAACUGGGCAACACCAAGGUGAUAGUGUCGGUGUUCGAUCCUCGCGAGAUCCCCAAGCAGAACAAAUUCCGAGAACUGGGCGAGUUGUACUGUGAUUUUAAGUUUUCCCCGUUCGCUUGUACCCAUCGGAAGAAUCCACAGACGGAUGCCGAGGAACGGUCUCUGGCGGCGGCCAUGACUAAAGCUCUGCAGCCGGUCGUUUGUCGGCAUUUGUUUCCCAAUUUUCAGAUUGAUAUCUUCGCCAAUGUCCUGGAAGAUGAUGGCUCGGUACUGGCGGCCGCGAUCACGGCAGCCGGGUUGGCUUUGAGCGAUGCGACUAUUUCGAUGUUUGAUAUCGUUACGGCAACCACGGUUGCGGUUUUCGAAGAUCACAUUUAUCUGGAUCCGACACUGGCGGAGGAACGGAUCUGCCUGGAAGGUGGAAAGAGGGGUAACCAUGGAGUCAUUACUCUGGCAAAGCUGCACACAUUGGAUCAGACUUCGGAGAUCCGUCAAGCAGGGGACAUUUCGUUGGAUAAACUGAAGGAGGCCUGUCAACGGCUGAACGAAGUGAACAACGAAAUUGCUCCGGUAGUCCAGCAGAUGCUCGUUAGUAAGGUGCAGAAACAUAUGGCUGAAAUCGAUCUGGAGGAAGAGGAUGAACCAGAGGAAGACAAGGAGGAUUUAGACGCAACUAGUGCGAGUCAGGUUUCGGUUGCUGCAGAUGCUUGAAUAGAGUAUUUUUUUUAUCAAUUU